AUGAGUAGUUCAUCACACGAUCAGCCAGUUGAUCUGGUCAUUCGAUUUACCGCUGCCAUACCCGACGUCGUGAUCAGGAUACCUUCUGCGACAUCCACUACACCGCUGGGCCUGCGACAGCAAAUCAGAUCGCAAUUGCCUGCCUCGUACGCCGCGAAUCGCCUACGUCUCAUCUCUGCAGGCAAGGUCCUCCCCGAUGCGACAGCGCUUUCGAAAUGUAUCAAUAUUCCUCCACCACCGCCUCGCUCCAGGAAUGAUCUAGCUGAAACAAAGGACAAAACCAAGGGCAAAGCUCCCGCAGAGAGUAGUGUCUCUAGGGUCUACAUACACUGCUCGAUCGGCGAUGCUCUAACGCCAGGAGACAUUGCUUCAGAAGCAGAGGCUGCCGAAAAGGCCGACAAAGCACUCUUGACAGAUGCCAAAGUCGAACCUGCUUCCGCGCAAAGUUCAGAUGCUACAACCACCUCGUCCGCGCCUGCUCCACGGGGCUUUGAUCGCCUCCUCUCUGCCGGCUUCUCUCCUGGAGAUGUAGCCAACCUCCGUGCACAGUUCAUGGCCAUUCAAGCACAUACCCAUACUCCAGAUACGAUGCCGACAGGAGAUGAGCUUCGGUCGCUCGAAGAAAGAUGGCUUGAGAACGACCCUGCAAAUGCUGCGAAUGGUGGAGCAGCGGGUACAGAUGAAGAAGGUGGAUUAGAAGAUAUGCUUUGGGGUAACCUCAUGGGCUUCUUUUGGCCCAUUGCAGCUGCGUGUUGGUUGAUGCGUGAAGAAGGCAUAUGGACGAGACGUAUGCAGAUUUCCGUGCUUAGUGGACUGCUGGUCAAUCUCACAUUUGGCUUUUUAAGAAUAACGUCUUGA